CCACGAUAAGAUAAUUCUUACUUCUAGAACUCCUACUUCUCUAAAACAAACGUCUUCACCCACCCAUCAACUUCCCUGGAGUAAUUGUGACAGAAUACCUGAAAUACCCACAUUGGACAACAUUUAACAACGGGAACCUUGAGGUGGCUCCAGAAAGUGAACGUAAAUAUAUCGGUCAGUUUGUGCAAGCUCAUCUGAAAGAUAUUGGAUACUGUACAUAUAUCUGAAACAUAUUUCAAUGCCAUCCUCCUGGCGGGAAAGGGUCCAACCAGCUAGUUCCUUUGAAAAUGAGCACUCCUAAUCUACCAAAUGGUACUAUCAGAUCUGGUUUACCUUUUGAGUUAUGUCGUUCUGACUACUCCCUCCCGAUACCGGUCAUAUCACAAGCAUCAUCCUUAGUUUCCGUUCCUAGAAAUGUAUUUAAUGCUUAUCCAUCAACUGCACAAUCCAGAAGCAGUAAUGUCCUACAGAAACCUACCGUCAGUAAUUCAACGUCGAAUUUCCCUUUAGUCACUACAAGUAACAUUGCUCAGUCGAAUGCCAACGCUUUCGCAAAUUACCCAGCAUUUAACAGUAUUUUUCAAACACUUUUACGUGGAACAAAUCCAUCUCAAGUUACCAUUUCUCCCCCAAAUGUCUCAGGUUAUGUUAAUACAGUGGCAGGACCGAAUGGGAAUCUGUUCACUGGUUUUCGACCUACGCAACUAUCUUAUCAGCCGAAUAUUCACAUCACUGCGCCUGGGAUUAUUUCGUCUGGAUCCACUCAUGGCACAGUAAACUCAGUUGCAUUGAGGUCAACAAACUGUACCACACGUAACAAUGUCAAUUCCACAUCGACAUAUACAACCACGGCCACUACAACUUGUAAUUCACUGACUACCAGUCGUACAGUCAAUCCAUCCGUGGAAUCAUUAUUUGUGUCGAGUAAUUUUGUUUCAGUUUCUGACUCAAUCAAUCGCGCGCGAAAAUUGGGUGCUGCGGCUUUUGUUCGAUGGGCAGAAGCGUGUACACGGUCGUUCCGAAAGGAGCGGAUUUCUGUUUGGCCUCGAUGCAAAGCCGAUUCAGAUGCAUUGCAUGAAAUGAACUGGAUUAUUUCUCCACCUGGUCUUUUAGGCAUUUAUUCUGAAUCUCCUUUUUUACGACCUGUAGUACUACUGCGCCGUGUUCAGUUUACUGCUCCUGGAAAUGUCAAUCCAAAUAUACCGGAUACUGAUAAUAUGGUCCGUUCUCUGCGUGAAAUGGCUGAUGCUAAAGUAACAAAGUAUCCAGGUUUCGCUCCACAAUUUCCACCUUCCGCAGCUUCUGUAGGUUUCACAACAGACUACAUGACCUAUGUAUUUACCUUAGAAUUGGAGCGUCAAGUUGUCAAACUACUACGUCCUAAGACUGGUGAUCAUUCUGAAUGGAGAGUAGUACUAAGGCUAGGUUGGGCGACGACGGAUUUCUAUGUUCCAAGCAGUGUAUCCUCCAAUGCUGCGUCACAUCGAGCCCUUGUCUUGGAGUCAUUACCUCGUUGCCUUUCUAUUCGUGUCUCCGGUCGACCCGUACCCUUACCUGACCCCAUUUUUCAUGGUGGUCAGGCUCAACGUCUUGGGAAGCGCCUUCGUUUAUCAAUUGAUAUAACAGACAAAGUACUCAUGAAGUGUGGUUCUGCAGUUAGAAACAGAGUUGUCGAUAUUGAAUUAACCUGGUUGCAUGUACCAUUGGAAGAUCAAUCUGUAGGACUCUUAAACUUGGUUGCUGAUGGACUGGUUUCUCCAUUGUUAUGUCAUCUAAUUGGGUUGCCUCUAGUUCAAGUUACACUUGAUCGAGCUUAUUCAGUUUCAGAUCUUCGAAAUACCUUUAAUUUAGAAAAUCCAGAGGCCUACAAAAAUUUCAUCAAUGGACCACUCUUAGAUCCUAUUGAAUUUCCAUCAUUAACAGUAAAUGCAGAUGGUUCAGGAACUUUAGAAGAUCAUGGGGUUUUCGGGGCUUAUGACAAUUGUUUGCCACCGGCAUUCUCACUUCCUGCUGAUAAUACAAAACAUGAACUGAAAUCUCGGCUUCAAAAAUCGUCUAACGAUAGUGAUUUAUGUUUUGAAGAUGGUGACGUUGAGCUUGCUGACUAUAUCCCUGUGUGCUUAUUGUGUCCACUAACUCGAACAAGAAUCGAUCUUCCUGUACGAUCGUUCAACUGUUCACAUCUUCAGUGUUUUGAUUUACACUCAUAUUUAACAAUCAAUAUGCGAAGACCACGUUGGUCUUGCCCUAUUUGUAGUAUCUCUGCACCAUUUCGUGACUUAAGAGUAGAUGAAUUUUUUAUGAGUAUUUUGAAGAAUCCUCGUAGUGUUGACGUUGAAUUUGUUCAGUUGGAUGCAAAUGGUGAUUGGCAUUUAAAUAAUCCUAAUGACGUUAGUCCAAAUAGUUCUUUCAUCACGGAAUCUAAUCAAUUAAAAAUUGAACAGAAAAAUGUUGAAAAUGUAAAGGCUCCUAUUACAUUAAAAAAUCUUGAAGCACCUAAUGAAGGAGCCAAAGUAACUACUGAUAAAUUGAAUGAAUCCGAAACAAACACUGUUGAUAUAAACAACACAUAUAUGGAAACGACAGAACAAGUAACUAAAGAUAAUCACAACAAUACUAAUAGUAAUAAUGACAAUUGUCAGCUAGAACCUGAGGUAAUUAUCUUAAGUGAUGAUGAUGAUGAUAUUAAUAAUAAUGAUACAAAGGAAACGGAGACAAAUGUCCAAAAUGGCAGUAAUGAUAAAAGUGUCAUUCAGUGUCCACAAAAUGUUGAUAAGCUUAAAACCACUUGUAAUAACGGUCAAAAGGAUGAUAUAAAUAAUGGUUUUCCAUGUUUAAACGAAAAAAGUACUAUCUCAAGUAAUACGCAGUCUACACGAACUUUCACGCUUGAAAUUGAUCUGACAAAUGAUGAUUCAGAUUCUUCGUCACUUUGUGAACCAAACAACAGAAUAAUGGAGACCCCUUUUACUACUGAUCAUACUGUUCCGACAAAUGACAUUCAGCAGUCGGAUCUUUCAUCUGACUUUAUUCGCACAAGAGAUGAAAUUCGAUUUGGCAGUAAAGGUCCGUUAGUAGUGAUUAGCCCGUUACAGUCUAUAAGUAUUCCCAAUUCUUUUUCUGGCUCAACUGAAGAAAAUGAUUUAAAUUCCCAUUUAGAUGAAUUUAACGCUAUACGUAAUGAAUUGACUAUGGAUCCUAAGCAGAUCUCACGUGCAGACAGUAAUUGGCCUCCAGAACUUGUGCAAACUAUGUUGAGAACCUCUAAUAGUUCCGUUAACAAUAUAAAUCAGUAUGAUAUCAAUGGUUCUAAAUCUGCUUUCUAUCAACGACUAUUGGAAGUAACUGCUCAUCGAGUGAAUCAAACAAUGCUUAAGAAAAAUUCACAUAUCCCCUUAAGAGAUAAUGAAAGAUUGUUAUAUAACAAGGCAUUAUCUCUUGCUUUUGAUGGUGGUGGGUCUAAGAGGAAAGGAAACUCAACUAGACCUAAUAAUAACAAGGUUAAUAGUAGACCAAAAACAUCUAAAAAGGUACUAACAUCCGAUUCUGAAGGUGAGUUUUCAUGUUGUGAUAAUAAAUUGUUCAGCCGUGUUUUUAUUAAUGUAGGGGGUUGUAUCGGCAACAUCGGUCAAACUGUUCUACCGUCUAUGGCCUGUGACGACGGAUCCACCCAGCAAGGUAGAAGUCCGCAAGGAACCCCAGCUCUUGAAGCGCUACAUAUUACCAGACACAGACGACUUACCUCCAGUCCUUUCUAAAGAUGGUGGUGACUUCCUGGUUAAGGAACUGACUGAGUUGUUCACAAAGGUCUGGCAAUUAGAGAGUGUUCAAACAUCACAAAAUGAGUCGAUAGUUGUCCUUAUCUUUAAAAAGGGUUCACACAGUUUCUGCAAAAACUAUUGGGGGAUAAGUCUACUCCCGAUUGAGUCCAAACUAUUGGCUUCCGUCAUACUUCGUAGAUUGUUCAAAACACGAGAAAGAUUGACUUGCGAGGAGCGGGCCGGUUUUCUUUCUGAUCGAGGAUGUACUGAUCAUAUUUUCACCCUCCACCAAGUGUUAGAACACCGUCAUACUUAUUACAGGCCAAUAAUCGUCCUGUUUCUUGAUAGUAGAGACGCCUUCGAUUGAUUGGACAGGACUGUUCUCUGGGAUUGUCUAACGAAGAAGGGUGUGCCUGUAAAGUUUAUUAACAUCUUGAAAGCCCUAUAUACAAACACAUCAGGCAGAGUAAGGGUAUGCGACAACCUCUCUUCAUUGUCCUAUUCAGUUGUGGGGUUAGGUAGGAUUGCUCAGACUCACCAUUCCUCUUCAACUUUUCUGUCGAUGACAUUCUGGAAACAGCUCUGAUGGGUGUAGGGAAUUGUGGCGCAUAUAUAUGUGGUGCCCCCUUGUACCAAUUAGUGUCACUAUCUUGAAACAUCAAGUUCAAUAGCUUGGACAUGAACUUCUGUUAUAACGCUCGAGUUUUCUCUGUCUUUACGAAUGAGACGUUAAUUUACUUUAGACGAAUAUCUGCACUAGAUUCCCUCCCAGUGUCUAUUCUACAGGACUUUAACACAACUCAAAUCAAAAACACGUGAUUAGCCUGACUAGAACGUAAAUAUAUUUCACACCAAAAACCGACACAAUUCAACACAAUCGAUCAUUAAUAAUAAUAAUAAGGACAGAAGAAUAUAUAACUCAUUUAACACCUGUCAGACUAUCUACUAGUCUGACUAAGCAAACAACUAAUCAUUAUCAUUCUCCCCCACACAUCACCUACGAAUGUUGUCCCAGAUAGUUCCAUGUAUUAAAUUGUUUGCCGACGCUGGGACUGGUUGGAAAAAGCCGAGGGAUGGUCAGUAUAUGACAAGGUUGUACAAGACUGGCUUCUGCUAAUCCUUCAUCACUUCCUGGUCGGAGUUCUAGAGAUGGUGCAACUCAGUGACUAGAGACGUUAUCAGAUAUAGCUCAGAAUAAAAGCCAUUGACGAUCCUUCUGUAACUUUAUUUUACUUUCUUCGUAAAUGUGACUUUUUUAACUGAAAGAAUUCUUUCUAGUUGUAUUUUUUCUAACUGAACUGUUUCUCCCAUUAUUAUUGUUAUUAUACGCAUUUUACAUUCUCUAUCUCUUCACAACCUCAUUGUAAUUGUAUGGUGCAUAUGUAUUUGGUGCCCCUUUGUACCAAUAUUUAUGUGUUCAAAUAAAUAAUAAGGGGGGGGUUUGUAAAAUUUUUAAAAUUUUAUGAUGUACCUCACAGACUGGCCUCAGUCAGACAACCAUUAAAAAUCGGAAAGCACUAGACAGUCGUCCCUUCGUAGUAUGAGACUCCUCGGCGGAACUGUAAGUCUGCGGCCUCGUCAGCAAGGAUGUAUGCCGGUGUAAUGGUCUAAAGCUUAAGCGCUUUCUAAGAAACCCAGCCACGAUCUCUAACGUUGUUGUGCACGCGUGCUUCCAGUGGCGAGUCCCAUAAUGGGAUUAGGCAGCUGUCCAAUCCUUACUGGUUCACAGUAGUUGAUCAACGUCAGUAAGUUUUUGUUGUCAACCAUUAAACCGGUUUUGCCCAUUAUUUUAUUUUUCUUAAUUUCUUGACAGCCUUUGAUUCAAAUAAGUCCAUGAUCUCAUUUUAAUGUUUUAAUGCUUCAUUUUGCGUUUCUUUUGUUUUUCUAAUCGUUGGUUUUACUAACUGAAACUUGGACUUUGUUUUGCCAGGUUAACUGUUCUUUCAGUUUAUUUACACACUGGUCACAACUUUUAUUAUUAUGUCUAGAUAGUCAGAUUUAUUUUCUUAUAUAUAUCAUGUUCAACCUCAUCAUGACUCUGAUGUAUUGUUGGUAAAUAAAUUAUAAUCAUUUGUUUCGUGAAUUCUUCUACUCUUUAAAUAAGUAAUAUUUAUUUGUUUACAAUCUGAUCGUUUUAUUAUUUUAAUUGAAUUUCUAUUAUUUCAUCUUAAAUGGAUAAAAAUGAAUGAAAGAUUUUAUUUGUUUGCAAAUAUUUUAUUUAUUAAUCUUCAGGUCUACUUUGUAUUUCUAUUAUUAUUGUUUUAUAGAUGAAUUCCCAGAUAAACCUUGUUCAAUAGCAAGUUCUUCGACAAUAACUGGUCGUCGCAAUGCUCAUAUAAUCAAACAACAACAGGCUGCUGCAUUAGCACGCCUAAUACAAGAACGAUCUACUCGCAUCAGAAGUACAUCUGAAGCAUCCAAUGAACAAAAUCAACAAGGAAUUGAAAAUCUCCCUUCAACAAGCAGUAGUAGUAAAAAAGUUAAAUCUAAGAAAAAUACUGUCAGUACUCAAUCCAAUAAAAAACGUCCUAUUCGUAAGCGACCUCGUCGACUCCGACCUUCAAAUAUAUCUGAUGAUAGUAACUCUUCUAGUCAAUCUUUAUAUACUUCGGAAAUGUCUUGUGUUUCCACUUCAGAACCAUCAAAUGACUCCUCUUUUGUUAAUUCAUCACAAUGUACUGAUGAAGAUGAUGACUUGUCAAUCGACUCAUUCUCAUCAGAUGAUCGUUGGUCUCCUUCACAUGUUAGCUUCAACAGGAAGCAAAAAACUAAACGCAAACCGAAAGUACGUCGGUGAAAUUGUCGUCUUUUACUCAAAUCUCGACAUUUCCUUCUAAAGAUUGUAAACCAUUUUUAUUAUCAGCAUUUUUAUUUGUUCUGUCAAAUUUGUACAGUAUAAUUGGUUAUUUUUUUCACACAUACACACACACUUUAUCUACCUUCAUAUACAUGUAUAUUAACUCAAGAUCAUUUUCAAUUACAAUUCGAGUUUUUGUGGAUUCCCUUUCAUUUCGAGAUACUGUUAUAUUUUUCUUUAAGUGUAAUAAAUAUAAAAAAUCUUUUUACAGCUUU